CUGCAGUCACGUGACAUGCAACGGCAACACACACAUGUCAGUAUUUAGUUUAGUUCAGGAGUCCAGCUGUAGAGACUGUGACAGAGACGUCCAGCGGUUAGCUCCAGCAUGGCUACGACGUUAGAAGCCUGGUACAUGGACAGCUCCGAGGAAGACCAGAGAAAGCCGCACAGACUCAACCCAAACCGGCCCGUUUCCCUUGACGACUUGAGAAAACUCGGCGUUUUUCACUGGAAGCUGAAUGCUGAUAUCUAUGAAACCGACCCAGAGCUGGAGCAGAUCCGUAAAGACCAAGGCUACUCCUAUAUGGAUAUUAUCUCCAUUCACAAGGACACACUACCUAACUAUGAGGAAAAGCUCAAGAUGUUCUUUGAGGAGCACCUGCACCUGGAUGAUGAGAUCCGCUACAUCCUGGACGGCCACGCCUACUUUGACGUCCGGGACAAAGAAGACCGAUGGAUCCGAAUUGCCAUGAGCAAGGGGGACCUGAUCACCCUACCGGCCGGCAUUUACCACCGCUUCACCCUGGACGAGAAUAACUACACCAAAGCCAUGAGGCUGUUUGUGGGGGAGCCAGUGUGGAAAGCUUACAACCGGCCUGCUGAUGACUUUGACAUCCGCCAGAAGUACGCGGCUUCUCUGCAGGGAUCCUGAGAGAGAGCUGUGUGAUUCCAUAUGACCACUACUUACACUACAAUCCGAGCCUAAUGUGAUUCUGUAGGUUUACAGUCCAAAUGUUGGGAAACAUUGUGGAUCAUUAAAGAUCACCUGUAGCAGAGCAGUCAUAGUAUGCACUAAUAUGCUUUUUAGUGGCAAAUUAAAUUAAUUUGGCCUACAUGUAGACAAUAUCAGAGGUGGAGUUUCAGUUAGUACAUUAACUCAAAAGGUACAGGAGUUUCCAAUUUUUCCUAUUUAGACCGAUACAUUUUAUUUACCAGUUAAAUUUAGAUUCUACAGACGGGCGCCCGGAUAGAUCAGUUAGUAGAGCGGGCGACUACAUAUGGAGGUUUGCUCCUUGACGCAGCGGACCCGGGUUAGACUCCGACCUGCAGCCAUUUGCUGCAUGUCAUUCUGCCUCUCUCUUCCCUUUCAUGUCUUCAGCUGCCCUGUCAAAAUAAAGGCCUAAAAUGCCCCAAAAAUGUAGAUUCUACAGACAAAAAAUUAUCAGAUAAUAAAAUCGUGUACACUGUUAAAAACUACCCCAUAACACAUAAAGUAUUUAACAUUAGCACAUCAACAAGCUACAUUAAAAUGUUGCCUAAUGCAUCAGUAAUAAUGAUGCAAUAAUAAUAUACAAUCACAUAUGUAACAUGUUGAAGGGGCCAUUUUGCACGAGUACUUCCACUUUUGAGAAGAUCAGUUUUAACUUCAGUAAAAGUUUGAAGGUAGGACUCUGACUUGUAAUGGAGCAUCACAUACUUGGGGUCUAAAUACUGGUUUUACGACCGGACAAUCUGUAGUGCCCAGGGUUUUGUUGUUGUUCAGCCCGGUAGCCAGUGUCUUUUUUUUCCGACGAGGGCCCGGCUGGGGCCAGUCACAGACUGAUUGCAGCCUUUAUGUAGAACCAAAUAGUUUCUGUGAUAACGGAAUCGUGAAAUUGAGGAAAAAAAUAAAUAAGUGUAAGACAGAUUUCAGAGGGCUCUACAUUAAAGGUGCUCUAAGUGAUGUUGGAGGACGUCACUUCUUGUUGACAUUCUAAGUAUUGCUCGCGCCUCCCUCCUCACCCCUCCCCCAACUUAGGCCCGGUGGUCCACCAGGCUUGCUAUACACUGGGGGGAACCCUUGUGCCUUGUUCUCAAAUUGGUUGUGUUUGAUACUAUAAGAUUUAUGCUCAACAGCAUGUUGAAAUAUACAACUAAUUCACAGUAUUUUCUAAUUUCAUAUUCAAAUCUCUCUGAAUCUGAAGUCAGAGAUAUAACUUAAUGUACCCGUCUAUGCUAAUGGGCUGGAACGUCUGACAGAUUCAUCUACAUUUCUUGUUGUAUGGGACAUAAAGCUGCUGCUAUUUUCAA